AUGGAGAGGGAUUGGGAGACCUAUGCAGUCGACUCCCAGGGGCUGUCGGGGGGCAUCUUGGUUUUAUGGAGGCGGGGUGUGGCGACAGUCGAUGUCUUCCACAACUGCUCCCAACAAGUCAUUAUGAUCAUAUCACGACCCGACGUCGCUCCAUGGGUACUAUGUGGUGUGUAUGCUAGUACGGACCACCGAGCUAGGAGAGUCCUCUGGCAGGAGAUCACCAACCUGACCGCCCAGGGCAUUCCGGCGGUAGCUAUUGGUGAUUUCAACUGUAUCCAGAGUGAGGAUGAGAAGCGGGGGGGGGCGCGGCUUUUACGGAUCGAGUGGAUAGGAGAGAGUUUCGGGACUUUGUGUCGCGGAACGGCCUGGUGGACGGAGGAUGAGGCGGCCAGUGAUGGGGACCCUCCUCUGACGGUGGACGUGGGUAUUGGUGAUUCUGAGAGCGUACUCCUGACCUGGCCAGUGUCGGCACAGGAGGUACAGGAGGCAGUAUGGGCUUUGGCCGCAGACAAGGCCCCGGGACCUGAUGGUUUCCCCCCGUUCUUCUUUCGGCGGUAUUGGGGUAUUAUCCGACCAGCGGUGGUGGAGGCUAUCCAGUGUUUUUUUGCCCAGGCAGCUACGCCUGAGGACUGGAAGGCCACAUUCAUCACGCUAAUACCUAAAUGCCAAAAUGCGGCCAAACCUUGUCACUUUAGGCCCAUCAGCUUGUGCACAACCCUAUACAAGGUUGUCGCAAGAAUUAUGGUAGGCAGAAUGAAGCCCCUCCUGUCUGGUAUCAUUAGCCAGGAGCAGGGGGCCUUUGUGGCUGGCAGAAAUAUUUCUCAUAAUAUUAUGCUGGCCCAGGAAAUGAUGUGGGAUCUCCGACGCGCAUCGAAGCGACACAGUCUGAUGGCAGUCAAGCUGGAUAUGGAACGGGCUUACGACAGGAUCAGGUGGAGCUUUCUUCAGCAGGCGUUGGAGGCUUACGGCUUCCCCAGGCAGUGGAUCGGCUGGGUUAUGGGGUGUGUUCGGGGGCCAAAGUUCUCUAUCUUGGUCAACGGCACACCGUCACCUUACUUUGAGUCCUCCAUAGGGCUACGGCAGGGAUGUCCUUUAUCCCCUUACUUGUUUAUUAUUUGUGCUGAUAUCUUAUCUCGGUCUUUGCAGAGAGUGUGCGCCAGCCGUGAGUUGGAGGCCUAUACCCCAGCCACGGGGGCUCGCCCUAUCACACAUUUACUUUUUGCUGACGACUGUCUUCUUUUGGCCAGGGCACGGACUACAGAGGCUCGGGUCCUUCGCAGGGUGGUGGCGGCAUACUGCGCGGCGUCCGGACAGAGAGUGAACUUCUCCAAAUCCACCAUCUCCUUCAGCCCCAGCACAGAGAGCGGAGUCAGACAGGAGAUCAGAGGGAUCCUCCAGAUACCGGAGCAGGAGGGGAUGCUUACCUACCUAGGCGUGCCUAUCACUGGCCGGCGACUGCGGGUGGCAGAGUGCUCCGGGUUGGUACAGCGAGUCCAGAGCAGGCUGGAGGGAUGGAGGGCGUCCUCAUUAUCCAUGAUGGGGAGAGUGACACUGGUCAGGGCAGUGCUGGGAUCUCUACCGGUUUACCUCAUGGCCAACACAGUGGUUCCCAAGACGAUCCUGUUAAGGAUCGAGCGCCUUCUUAGGGAUUUCCUGUGGGGGUCAUAUGGUGGAGGUCACGGAGUGCACCUGGUUGCCUGGGAGCAGGUCUGCCGCCCCACUAGUGAGGGCGGUCUGGGAGUGCAGUCCCUUAUUGAGAGGCGCGAGGCUUUCAUUGCCCGGCAUGCGGCUCGGUUCAUCUUAGAGCCACAUGGCCUCUGGAGUCAGGUGAUGGCAGCUAGAUAUGGCCGAGGGGUUUCAGGGGUGGCACAGCGGGGCCGCCGAGCAUCCUUCAUGUGGCGUGAGAUCGGGAGGCACCUGCCGUCAGUAUCGGCACACAUCAGGGUUCUGAUUGGCGACGGCCGGAGUAUUGAGGUGGCUAGCGACUCAUGGGUGGACUCCUUGGCCCUGAGCCGCUGGCCAACUAUGUUUGACACAGAGGCAGUUGAGGGAUUACGGGUGUGCGAUCUCUUUGUACCAGGAGGGGCAGUAUGGGAUGAGGCCAGACUCAGGCUAUUGUUCGGGGUACACCUAGCUGCGAGGAUCCGAUCCCUCCCAUUACCAGGAUGUGGGGGGCCAGACGUCAGGGUGUGGGGCACCUCGAGCCAGGCCAGUGUCAGGUUGAGAGACAUCACGCGCGCCAUUCAGUCAGGGUAUGAGCCGGGGCCGGACUGCACCUGGAUUUGGAGGUCCGGACUUCAUUCGAGGGUUGCUCUCUUUCUAUGGAAGGUGUUCUGGAACCGACUUCCUACGAGAGCAGAGCUGAGCAGGCGAGGUUGGGGGGUCCCUGCUGAGUGCGGGACGUGCGGAGUUGAGGAGUCAGCGGACCAUGUGCUCUUCCAGUGCACAUGGGCGCGGACGACAUGGCAGUGGGCUGGGAUCCCGCGGGGGGCCCGGAGUGAGCGGCUACAGUUUCUCAGGGUGACACGGCAGUGGUUAGCCAGUUCACGGACCCGUGAGGAGGGCAUUAGAGCUACUUGCACAGCGCUUCAGAUCUGGCUGGCAAGGAAUGCCCGCACUCUCGGUGAGCGCAGGGUGUCACCGAGGUUUGUGGCAGAGCUUGCUAGAGCACAGGCCUUGGAGAUCAGACCUGGCCUCUCUACAGAUAGACCUUUGACAGCUCGGGACACCUGGGGUUCCCCCUGCCUCGGCAGCUUCCCAAUCAGAGGCCACCGCGUUCGUCCGAUGGACCCCACCAGCUUACGGUGGACCGCUUUUCACAGCGAGGCUGCGGGCGCGUUGAGCUCCUCCGAUUCGCAUCUCGGCCUCCUGCUAGAGAGCGAGACGGGUAGGAAAAACGCUCUCGGACAUCCUAUUCCCCCCUGA